GUUUAAAUCCAUUCAUUCUUAUCCGGGUAGAACCUAAUAUUAACCUCCCCCCACACUUUAACCCCCACUGUCUGUUUAUCUCUCUGGAAGAAGAAAGGAAAUGGAGGCUAACCAGCGCAUCACCAUGAUCGCGGCUCAUCUCCAGCCUUUGAAUCCACAGAUGGAGGGAAGUUCUGUUUUGAGGCGAGCUGAUUGCCGAGCAAAAGGAGGGUCAUCAGGGUUCAAAGUUGCAAUCCUAGGAGCUGCUGGAGGCAUUGGCCAGCCUCUUGCAAUGUUAAUGAAGAUGAAUCCGCUCGUUUCGGUUCUUCAUCUUUAUGAUGUUGUGAACUCCCCUGGUGUCACAGCUGAUCUCAGUCACAUGGACACUGGUGCAGUGGUACGUGGUUUCCUGGGGCAGCCACAGCUCGAGAGUGCGUUGACCGGCAUGGACCUUGUGAUCAUACCUGCUGGUGUUCCAAGAAAGCCUGGAAUGACAAGGGAUGACCUUUUCAACAUCAAUGCUGGAAUUGUCAAGACACUUUGUGAAGGAGUUGCAAAGUGCUGCCCAAAUGCAAUUGUUAAUCUGAUAAGCAAUCCAGUGAAUUCUACAGUUCCGAUUGCGGCAGAGGUCUUUAAGAAGGCCGGUACUUACGACCCGAAGCGACUUUUGGGAGUUACAACUCUUGAUGUCGUCAGAGCAAACACUUUUGUGGCGGAAGUCCUGGGACUUGAUCCAAGAGAAGUUAAUGUCCCUGUUGUUGGAGGUCAUGCAGGAGUGACAAUUUUGCCUCUUUUGUCACAGGUGAAACCUCCAUGCAGUUUCACCCCUGAAGAAACCAAUUACCUAACAAAUCGCAUUCAAAACGGUGGUACCGAAGUGGUUGAGGCAAAAGCUGGUGCUGGAUCUGCUACUCUGUCAAUGGCAUAUGCAGCUGUCAAGUUCGCAGAUGCAUGCCUCCGAGGCUUGAGAGGCGAUGCCGGAAUCGUGGAAUGUGCCUUUGUAGCUUCCCAGGUUACCGAACUUCCUUUCUUUGCAACCAAGGUACAACUUGGUCGUACCGGAGCCGAGGAAGUCUUUCAACUAGGACCUUUAAACGAAUACGAGAGGGUUGGUUUGGAGAAAGCAAAAGAAGAGUUAGCUGGAAGCAUUCAAAAGGGUAUUGCAUUCAUCACCAAAUGAAUUUAGUGUUGCUGAGAGGAUCGUUUAAUAUAUAAACUUUCUUAAAAUCUGUUAAAAGGGACUGUAUAUGUUUUUGAUACUUUGAAGAACCUCCAUGGAUUGAGACCUAAAUAACAAUGAUGUUCUCAUCUUCUGGUU